GUCAAUUUCGACCCGACCAAUUAAAUGGAAUCGUUUCAAACCCUCGUCACCCCGGCGAAUGUGGUCACAGCAAUCAAUCACAGGGGCGGCCGAGUGCUGGCAGCUAGGCGCAUGAAGUCCCUAUGUAUGACAGUUGCCUGUCGACCGCUUUCCUAUGUCGACACUUACGUCAUGUGCGAUAGAUGCUGCCGCCUUGCAGUCGACGAUUUUGUUCGUAGGUCGCCGAAGACGUUCAUUCGGCGCGCCUUCUCGAAUUUCUUGCCCCGCUGGAACUUGGGACGAACGCUCCGAAUUCGCGUUGCUACGUUAGAGCUGACUUUGUUUGCAUUAUCAUAUGAGCAGCAUGUCACGAUUGCACACGAAGGAAGUGGUGGUGGUGAUGGUUCCAGUCCAGGUUAGAUGUGGUUGGUGCGUUGCCAAAUUUGAAACAUCGGCGCAUUUGCAACAGGCAACCAAGUCCCAGUUACUGUAGCCCUCGUGGCCAGUGCUACAUUGUUCGAGGAGUAUAAACG